AUGAGCAGCAAUGGCUCGUUGCAUCCGCCUAAGAUAAUUACGGCAUUAUCACGACCUCCAGCCACUAUUGGAGCUCAUGGUGGAUCUACAUUGACUGCUUUGUCUUCAUCUCCAGCACCUUCAUCUGCCGGUGCGUCCUUCUCGCCAUACGCUAAAAGUCCUGCGCGUAACGCCAGACGCGUCGCUAUGGAAGGGAAGAGCUUGUUCACGUGCCACCAAUGUGGUGCAUUACUCAAAUUCCAACAUAGUCCAGUAUCUAUUGAGGAGAAGAUCAUGAAGCUUCGACCGGUGGCCUACGAGCACCCGUCGGAGGUGUCCGAGCAACGAGACAGCAAGGUAGAAGACGAGGAAGACCAGAUGCCAAGACUUACAGAAAGAACGGACGCUGGAGAGGCUAUAGAUGCAGAUGAAGAGGAAGAAGUAUCACAUAUAGCAGCCAGGUCCUCACUAAGUCAACAGCAACAGCAGCAAAAGACGCCGGCUAUUGUCCCUGAGAUUGUGUGGGAACGACAACGUCUGGACUACAGCAGUGAUGUUGGUGUUUGGGUGCCUGCUGAAUUCGACCUCGCUAAUAGGAUUGCAGCUUACACGAGCUGCAAUCGUGGAGAUAUUGGACAAAACAUUGCAGAUGUGGUGCCGGCGCGACUACUGAACAAGCCGCACUUGUGGAUAUCGGACUGGGAGGUGGAUUACUCCAGCCCGCACUGCGAUGAAGAAGGGUGGGUAUAUGCAUCCUCGCACGUAGAUUUUGGCAAGCUGGAGGAGCCUCAUGUGCAUCGAGAGGAGGCAGUAAAAAAUGACGAGCUCAGUAGAACUGCCAAAAAGACUGAUGCGAUGUCGCAAGAGCGUGUUGUUCGUCGAAGAUGUCUGAUACGAAAGCGCCGCAUUGAUGGCAGUGAUCUCAGCUGGUUCCAGGAACUACUGGACUGCAGCACGGUUCUACUGAAAAAGAGGUUGCCUACUUGUCAUGACUGUGAAACGAAGGUGCUGUCCCGAUUUACUCAAGUAUUGAACGAACUGGAGGAGGAUCGAGCUCAAUACGAGGAUUUUAUGGCUCACUUUGUAGACGAAGAGCGGGCAUCAGCACGAACAUUGAGCGACGACGGAGAUUACAAUGCCGAUGAGUGGCACCUUGACCCAGAGCUUUGCGCUUUGGAGGAGGAAGAGCGACAACUAAAGGCUGAGUUAGAGGCCAUCGAGGAUGAAACUGUACAAGUGACAGCUAAGAGGCGAGCGUUCUUGCAGCAUUUAUUGGGUCUGAGUCGCGACGAGCGCCAAUCGGUGGGUGUAUUUGCAGUGCAUGCAUCAGAUAUGCUGCGCCGUCUCCAGCGCUACAACGUGUGCAACGAUGUCUUCCACAUCUGGCACGACGGUCUAUUCGGUACCAUUAAUGGACUGAGACUUGGCAGGUUACCGUCUAAACCGGUGGAGUGGGUCGAAAUUAACGCGGCAAUGGGCCAGGCAGUGUUGUUGCUGGCAACUAUCGCUGACCGUGCCGGGUUUGAAUUUUCACGUAAUCGUCUCGUGCCUCGGGGGAGCUUCUCCCGUGUAGUCAAUAUGUACGGAAAAGAGUACAGUCUGUACAGCGACGGUGGCAUGUUCCGACGUCGAGGCUUCAAUCAAGCUAUGAUUCUAUUUCUCGAGUGCGUGGAGGACGCAGGUCGUCGUGCCAUGAAAGAAGAGCCAUUGCUCAAGUUCCCGUACAAGGUGGAGCGCGGCAUAAUCGGUGGUCUGCCUAUUUCUCUUGGUAACGAUGAACAGUGGACUCGAGCGCUCAAGUACAUGCUCACGCAUCUUAAAUGGCUCUUGGCUUGGAUUUCGAAGCGCUAUUGA